AUGGAUCUCUCCUCCGUCGCUUGCGAGAACUUCGUCCUCAGUAUCAACACGAAGAAAACGGUGGCCAUACAUCGGCCGCCAUUCAACACUGUCCACAUUGCGCAGCAAAUCAACGUGAACGGAACCCAGCUGCAAAUGGUAAACAACUUAAUGUAUCUGGGCAGUGUCCUCUCCCGCACCACCAACAUCGAUGGCGAAGUGGCCCGCCGGAUAUCCAAGGCCAGUCAAACCAUCGGCCGUCUUCAAAACACAGUCUGCUAUCUUUACGGUCUUUAA